GUGGGCGUGGUAACACAAUGACGUAAUACCUAUAGCUAGGAACUCUGCCGCUGUCAGUUCUUCUCCCAUUCACAUUCUGACUUAUUUCGUGCUUGUUUGUAACAGCCAAAACCGAUAAAUUCUAAAAAUGGCAGCGGCAGAGGCACACAGGGUUAUUGUGUACGGUGGAAAAGGGGCCCUCGGCUCCAAGUGUGUCGAAUAUUUCAAGACGAAAAGAUGGUGGGUGGCUUCCAUUGACAUUGUCGCAAAUGAAGAGGCAAAUGCAAACGUGCUGGUGAAGAUGUCCGAAUCCUUCAAUGAGCAAGCAGAUAAGGUGACCUCCGAUGUGUCUCUGUUACUGGGAGAGCAGAAGGUAGAUGCCAUUCUUUGUGUGGCUGGAGGAUGGGCAGGUGGAAGUGCCAAAGCAAAAUCCUUGUAUAAGAAUUGUGACCUUAUGUUGAAGCAGAGCGUAUGGACAUCUAUAAUAUCCAGUCAUUUAGCCACCAAACAUCUGAAGGAAGGAGGUCUUCUGACUUUAGCUGGAGCCAAGGCAGCUUUGUCUGGCACAUCUGGUAUGGUUGCUUAUGGGAUGGCAAAAGCAUCUGUACAUCAGCUUUGCCAGAGUCUUUCUGGAGACAACAGUGGCUUACCAUCUGGAUCCGCUGCUGUUGCCAUUCUGCCAGUUACCCUGGAUACACCAAUGAACAGAAAAUCAAUGCCUGACGCAGACUUCAGUUCAUGGACACCUUUAGAUUUUGUUGCUGAAACAUUUUAUAACUGGUCCAUUAAUGUUGAUAGACCAAAAUCUGGAAGUCUUAUUCUGCUAGAGACUGCCGGUGGGAAGACCCAGAUGACACCUGUUCAAGAAAAGAAACAAGAAUAGCUCAUUAUUCAGAUGGGUUCUAAUCUAUAAGUAGUUACCAGUUUGUUCACAAUUUGUUUUGGUGUUAUGCAAUUUUUGAAACCAAAAACUUCUUGUGCGCAGUGCGUUCUUUUCUGGUGGUGGAGUGGCCUUAUGAGUACUUUUGGAGCUGUGUGCCUCCAUUCAAAGUAUUAUACCUUUUUUCAAUUUCCUACAAAUGUAUUUUUGUAAUGACCCCGUGAUUAUUGUGUUAGUGACUGAUUGUUAUUUUAUUAAUCAAGUGUAAUGGACAUUUAAAAUAAAAUCAAGCAAGUAAGCAUUUAAUGAAACAAACAUAGUUUAUUAAACUUUCAAAAUAUGUGCUUCUUGCUUGCAUUAUGAUAAAUCUACUGAACUGUCUGUCUCAUAAUCUUCAAUUCACCCUUUUCAUUUGUAUGUACAGUACAUUCUCAAAAACAUUCUUUGCAACAAGGAGACAUAAUGGCGAUUAGUCUGGGUGCCAAUCAGAUUCAUUCCUUGACUUUAUUUGGUCUUAAAGAAUUACUAAUUUCAUGACAUUUUCUACCAACCCAUCCAUGUCUGCUCAUCAGCUCAGCCUCAAUUACAGUAUACAUCUUUACCAGUAAUGUGUGACCUUUCUUCUCAUUAGCACAGUGCAAAACAUUUCUGCCUCUUGUUUCUUUGCAGACUUUUUGUCUCAGUAUCAGUCCUUUUACUCUUCCCUUUUACUUUUCCUCUCUGCAUGCAUUCAUCUGAUCUUUCUCAACUUAGACUUUGCUAACUUUGCUACAUGUUUUACUUAUGUCGGCUGCAUUUCACACCUAACUUUUAAUGCAAGACAGUUUCAUUUAGAAACCAGAAUAUGUGUAAGAUCCCAGAUUUUGUUCCCUGCUCAUCUCACGUCUAUUGCAUGUGAUCUCCAAUUUUAUCCACAUUAAGGUGUCAUAAACAACAGACCCAUGACCCACUUUUGAAUGUAAUCCACUGCCUCUGCCGUUGAGUUGGUUAGUGCUGCUGAUGAUGCUGCUUUGAGGGGCUGGCAGUAAUUUACAAAUAGAUUAAAAAUGUAAACAGAUUGAACCAAUUCAAUUUUUGGGUUGUCCUAAAGCUGUCACACAUCUUACUCAGUGCUCCAGUUCAUGUCCAUUUCUUACCAGUUCAAAAUAAUGUUGGCAUUUUUGCUAGUAAUGUCUGUAAUAUCAGCAGGAGCUAGGCUGAAAAUGUUUUAAAUGCUCAAUGCAUGCAGUGAAGCACAGCAAAAAGUGUACUUAAGUUUACUUAUAAUGUGAAAUGGAUUUGCUAUGUAAUUUGCCUGUUAGAGAAGUAUACUAGUGAAUAAUUUCUUGCUUUAGGAUAUAGAUGUGUUGCUGUAUACCAGAGGCAUAUAAAGUCAUAUAAAAUCAACCAGUUAAAUAUCUCUGAACUUCAAAAUUUACAAUGCUAAGCCUGACGGGCAACUACUUAGUUUAAAAAUACAAUAAAAUAAAAACAAUUCACUAAUUUAAAAGCACUCUAUGUCCAUGAAACCCAGCUCACUGUUCUGCUUAUUCUAAUUCACUUAUCAAGAUAUUAUGAAAUGGUGACAUUGAUCUUAGUCCUGUGAGUAUUGCAGAAUCUGUUAUUUAUUUAUUUUACUUUGAGAUAGCUAGCAUCUCAGAGCAUUAAUUCAGUUAGCUGCCCAGUAGGAAGUAACUAAUAUGUAAUUUUUUUGGCAGGGCAGACUCACAUGAUCACAUGAAAGCUAGUAAUUAAUGAAAUACAUUUUUAAAAAGUUAAAUCAAUAUUUUUGUCUAGUUUUAAGAGCUCAAAGCAAGUCCAGCCCUCAGUAUAGCAGCAUGACAUGAAGAGAAACAAAAAUGCAUAUCGCAACUGUGGUCUGGGUACUUAACAGAUCUGGAGAUGUAGCAAAAUGAAAGCAUUGUAUGCCGAAGGUCUUGUAGUAGAUUAUCAGUUCAAACUUGAGAAUGCUCUAUGGUCUGAUGAGACCACGAUUAACAUUUUUAACUGACUCUAACACUAUUACUUGAAUUACUGUGCAAUGAGCACUGCAGUAGUUUAAAAUCUCAUUUGGUCCUGUUAGUCAUUACACAAUGAUUUGCCAUGCAUGAACAUACACUGGAGCUGUGUUAUGUCUCUCUGUCUAGGGUGAGGUGGGUUAGUCUGAUCUGUGUUUUCUAUUUAAUUAAAUGUAAUUAUGCAUUUUACUACAUUCUAUACCCUAUGUAUGCACUACUACUACUACUUGUACUACUACUUUACUACUUGUUUGCUUAUUUCAGUUGGUAAUUGGGUUCUUGAUGUAUGUUUUCUCAGUGAUAACCAUUCUGUGUCAGUAUAUUACAAGUUCAGAGUUUGUCAUGACCAGGCCACAUUGCAUGUCUUCUUUGGAAGCAGUGUAAGUGCACCUAUAUUUGCUCAGGCUAAAAAUAUUUGCCAAAUAUUUGUUUUAUGUUUAAAAAAUAUUUAAUUGUUGUGGACAUUGUGAUGAUAUAAUAAGAUUACCUAGGUGAAUUUAGAGAAAAUCUCCACGUUGCAUAAUGUUGUUGCCAGAGCCAGAACUAAUGUCCUCCUACUCUUUUGGCUAAAUGAAUAAAAUUGUAAGGCUAUGUUGCUUUAUAUAUAUAUAUAUAUAUAUAUUGUUAACCCCCAAGGGGAAAUGGUCUUUGUAUGACAUGUGAAGGUCAGAGUUGCGGAGUCAACCAUUGUACAGUGCCCCAGAGCAAUUUUCAGGUUAAGGGCCUUGCUCCAUUGCAGUAUGAUGUGCAUAGACAUCAUUAGUGGGGUAGCACUGACUCACUUGGCAGUCGCAAACCAGAUAUUUGCAAUGACAGAGUGCUGCAAUAAAAAUGUCACAUUGUUAAAAUGGAGCAGUUAAUUGCAUGCCAGAUCAGUUGGAGUCAGUUUGUUGCUAUAGGUUGCUUUUAAUGUCAGAGAUGUACUUGAUCUGUCAGUCUAACUGGUAGCCUGUGGAGACAGUGACAGCAAAGUCAAAAGCCUACCAAGACCAUAAGCCAUCGACAUGUACAUUUAAUAAAAAUAAAAAAUAACUUUUACUCUGUGAUAUUUUGUAUUGUUGGUUAAUUUGUUAUUAGACUAAGUUUAAUUUCUUUAUUGAUUGUAAUUCAUGAUAUAUUUUUUAUUUAUUACAUCUUUUUCAAUCAACUUUUUGUUACCUGUUCUACUACACUUACAGAACAAACAGACCCGCUAUCCUGUUACUCGAUUACAUUUACCUCUUUUGUAAGUCAAGUUGGAUAAAAGCAUCUGCCAAGCAAAAAAUUGUAGGUCCCUGAAAUAAACUGACUAGUCCAAUAAAAUUAGAAAAAAAUAAUCAAAAAAUUGGUCAGUGUUUAAAGAUACUUAUUAGGACUCCACACCAGUGUAUGCAGAGAAUACAGUAUCACUAUCCACUCAAUGCACAGUGUCAGUAAGUUUUUCAGAUGAGAAGCUGCGAAUAGACAAUAUUUUAGUGGGCUAGUAGUGAAAGUUUUAAUGCCAGUUUUAAUGUAAGCCCAGUUGAGAGAUUUUUCAUAUUUUGACAUAGAAUCAAAUCAGUUUUUAACUGUUCAUUCAAUACAGUUAUAAUAUUGUGUUAGGCUUUUUGAUUUAUUUUGCAAUGUCUGUGUGUGUCUCCUUCGAUACUUCAGUUGGAAGAUUAUUCUUAUUGUUGUUGUUGAUGUUUUCUCCCAUUUCAUGACAAAUGAAGCACUGCAAAUAAACGUUUAAAGUAAAGAA